AUGCCAACCACCCAACUGACCAUCGUUGUCUCUCAACCACGAGUACUGGCAGGAGAAAUUCUUAACGUACGGGUAUUGUUGGAUUCUGCCGAUCCAGACACGGUCAUUCACAGCUUAAUCGCAGAAGUGAAAGGAGUGGGUCGAACUGGUUGGUUAUACUUCCAUAGUCAGCUGGCACUGUGCCCACCAGGAACGCCAAUUCCUUGUGGUAAACACCAGUUCCCUCUACAGGUGCUUAUACCAGAAAAUGCUCCAAGUAGUUACGAAAGCCAAUUCGGUUCCAUUCGGUACCAGGUGAAAGUGAUCCUGACAGCUAAUACUGAACAGGCAUCCUGCUCCGAAGUAUUCCCAAUAGUUGUAUUGGCUCGUUCAUUUUUUGAUCAAGUGCCUGUAAAUGUAUUAUCGCCAAUCGAUUUCAAAGAUGAGGUACACAUAGCAUGA